GAUUGGUUGGCUCCUCUCCUCCCUCCCCUGCUCUCCUUCAUCCAUGCCAGACUCUCCUCAUCCUCUCAAGUGAGCUGAAGGAUCCCGGCCAAGCAUCCGAGCCUGGGAGGCGAACGGCACCGCCAUCACCUCUUUCACCUCCUUCUGUGCAAAGUUGCGUGUUUUCCCCAGCGCCAAGAUGCGCAACCGAGCGCCAUCCGCGCAGCUCCAGAAGCUCUCCUCCUAAGACGGCGUCAAAUCCCACUUUUGGGACCUGGGAGCAAAGGAACAAAGCAUAUCCUCUAUGAGAGCUCUUCUUCCUCCCCCUCCUUUUCUUCUUCUUGGCCCUCCGUCUCCGUCUCCUCCUCCUCCUCCUCCUCUCGGCGCCGCCGACCGCCACCAGCAUCUUCCCGGCUUGUGACUCGCCUUUCCCGGCUGGCUUGGGGGGUCUGCCGCCGCGGGGGGCAGCCGACGACCGCCGUGCAAGACGCCGCGCGCCGUACUCCGCGUGAAGAAUGCCCAGCAGCCGCGCUUGGCCAAGCCGGCCAACCCGGGCCCGGCGGCGGGCGGGGGGACCACCGGUGGGGGCGGCCUCUACAUGGAGCGCUCGCAGAGCCGCAUCAGCCUGUCGGCGUCCUUUGAGGCGCUCGCCAUCUACUUCCCCUGCAUGAACUCCUUUGACGAGGACGACGGAGUGGACACAGAUGGGCGUAAACUGAAGGGCGCCAUCCAGAGGAGCACGGAAACGGGUCUGGCGGUGGAGAUGCCAAGUCGGCCGCCGCGCCAGGCAAGCCACGAGUCCAUCGAGGACAGCAUGAACAGUUACGGUUCGGAGGGCAACCUCAACUAUAGCGGCAUGUGCCUGGCCUCUGAUGCCCAGUUCAGCGAUUUCCUGGACGGGAUGGGACCGGCCCAGUUUGUCGGCCGGCAGACUUUGGCCAUGACAUCUAUGGGUGAUGUGGAGAUCGGCCUAAUGGAGAGAAACGGCGGUCUGGAGGUGGAGGUGGUCCAGGCCAAAGGACUCACCAUGAAAAUGGGCUCCAAAGGGCCUCCUGCGGCCUACAUCAAAGUCUACCUGCUGGAGAACGGUGCCUGCGUGGCCAAGAAGAAAACCAAGUCCGCCAGGAAGUCUCUGGACCCUCUUUACAACCAAGUGCUGGUCUUCUCGGAGAGCCCUCAGGGGAAGGUCGUCCAGCUAAUCGUUUGGGGCAAUUACGGGCGCAUGGAGCGCAAGUGCUUCAUGGGGGUGGCUCGCAUCCUAUUGGAGGAGCUGGACCUGAGCAGCAUGGUGAUUGGCUGGUAUAAGCUGUUCCCUACCUCGUCUAUGGUGGAGCCCACCAGCGCGCCCCUCCUGCGCCACUCGUCGCAGAUGUCACUGGAGAGCGCCGUGGGGCCCUGCUGCGAGCGCCCCUGAGACCCCCGCGGACACAUCUGGGACAGGCACCGUCAGAUCCGCCAGACUUUGGACUCUCCACAGGUUCUCGUCCUCUCUUUUGGGACCACUCGGAUGAGGAUGCUGCCUCCUGUUUGGACCAAUGCGACGCUGCAGGUUCAGCAUCCAUCAAACACUCUCUCACAUUGUCUACUUCUUCCACAGUGUCGUCGCCGUCCUUUUUGUGUUCGCUCAAGAGUUCUCAAAUAUGCUGGGUUCAAUGUUACGACCACGUGCAGCCCUAAAUGCAGUCGGAAUUGAAAAGUUGUUUGAGAAAUAAGUCAUAACCGUAAAAAAUAUUAUUUACUAAAGGAAAAAAAAAAUCCUUAAGAACGCAAAAAAAAAAUUACACCGUUUUUGUUUUUAACCAAAGUAAAAACAAUAGCUAAUUUCAUCAGCAAAAAAAAUAUAAAUAAAUUGUAAUACUUAAAAAUUUUAUUGAAAUUUUGCCUGUUUCAAAGAAAAAAAAAUCAUAUUGAUUUUUCCUGAGCCAGAAAAUAUUUCAAUCUUUCAAAAGAACAAAGAAAUACAUUGAUGGACUCAAAAUUUGAACUCUUAAAAAAAUAAAAAUUGUGUUUUUCGAGAAUGAAGCUGUAAUAUUUAAAAGCUUAAAGGUGUAUUGAGGUUGGAAAGCACGCAUUUAACAUGUGAAUUUCAAAAACGUAAUUUUUGUAAUAUUACACAAUCUGGAAAGAACGCCUUCAUUUCUCGAAAAGGUUAGGGCCUAUCAUCUCAAAAACUGUGCCUUUUGUUUAAGAAAAGUGACUUUAUUCCCGUAAUAAUGCGCCUUCUGUUCUAUAAAGCAACUUUAUUCAUGCAGGGAUGUGACAUGUAUGUGAAGAUAUGUCACAAUCAUAACGCCGCUUUGAAUUGGCCCCCCCCCGAAGGUCUCAAACUUCCCAAAAUGUCACAGACCCCAGCUUGAGAACCUUGUUUGUUACAGCAAACAUUUAGGACUUUUUUUUUUUCUUUUUACUCCGUCGCUUUUCAAAACUGGAAAUAUUUGAACAUACAGAUUGACAAUGUAGCAGAGCAACAACAAUGUAAAACCAGCCGCAGAAGGUUGAACAUGGAUUUAUAAAGAUGAAUGUAAAAAGGGAAGCAAAAAAAACAAAAAUCUUAAGACAUUGUGAGCUAACGCUGUUAGCUGUGCUUGUGACAUCGAUGGCGUGAAAUGUGCCCUCGAAUAUUCCUUCUACCCGUGUGUCUGUUUUGUUUCUCGUCGGAAAGUCUUGUAGCGUCUAUCGUACACUUCAUCAACUUGUUUCGAUUUUGGCAAAAUCGCUAACUGUCGCUCACGUGCCAACUUUGACCAGCAAGUGUCUUUCCUUCACUUCAUCGUGGGGUGGCGUCACGUAAAAGCCGCUGCGAAUGGGUCGGAACAUUUCGUCAGUUAGCCAUUAGCUUCACAUUAGUGUGACGAGAGGAAGCGGGGGGUGAGGUGGUUUAGUGAUGGGCACUUUAUGAUUCUUCACGUAGUGUAAAUAUUUACAAAUGUGAGCCAAAGGAUUUAGCCGGGGGACACGGGAAUGCUAGCUCGUAGCGUUAGCCGCCAGCAUCUGCAUGCAGUCUAAUGCGCAAUUACCACGAGACUAAGCUAAGGGACAAAACACGAUGUAGCAGAUUUAUUAGCAACAUUUUUCCCCUUUAUGAUUCAAACAAGCAAGUUUGUAAUCCUCUAAGGUUUGAUUUGAGGAUUUUUUUUUUCCAAAAUUAAAUUUUGGCCUCAGGUUUUACAGUAGCAGUAUUGCAGGGAAAUUGUUAUUAUUAUUAUUAUUAUUAUUAUUUGUUCACAAAAAAUCCUAAGAAAUCUGAGAAGCAAUAAAAUCCCAAAACUGCUGUCAAGGCAGUUUUUGAAAGCGAUUCAAUUUCCGCCCCCAUGCUAACAUGCUAGCCUGUAGCCUGGAUUAUCAUCAUGCUCAUAGCAUUUGCAAUCACUGCUUUUUUUUUAAACAAUGCAAAAAAAAAAUCAUGAAAAGAAACUUUAAAAAUAGGAGAUGUAGAUGUUAUGAAAUACAUAUUUAAUAUAUUUAAU